AAUAUCUAUAGCCGAUGCCCGAUCCAUUUAGGCCCGAAUACGUUUCAUUAGCCUAAAGCUAAAAGCAGCUUCUAGAAGCUUCUGGUCUUCGUCCCGAUGUCGCCCGCUCCCGCGCCGACCGACCCAAACCCUAACCCCGCCGGAGACUGGACCAUCGUCGCCCGCCGCGGCCGCCGUGGUAAGCAUCGCCCCCACCAUCCCAUUCCCCAGCCCCAAACCCUAACCCUAACCCCAUCGUCUCCCUCCCCAUGGGCCCCGAUCGACCCCGUCGUCGACCACGCUAGGGUUUCGAAGCUCCGCGAGCGCAUGGAGUCCUCCAUUCGCCGCCUCGAGAGCUCCCGAUUCUAUCGCCGCUUCCUAUCCCGCCUCCGCGGCCGCCAGAUCCAGCGCGCACUCGCUAGGGUUUCGCCGUCCUCUGGUUCGUCGAUCCGCAUGGUCGUGUACGGCGUCGGGAGCAUCGAGUCCUACGAGCCGCCGCGCCUACAGCUCGCCCUCGCCCUCCUCCUGCGUCGCGAGCUCGGCCCCGCCGCGGCCUCCCUCGAGGUGUUCGACCCGGUCCUCUCCGCCACCGAGUGCGCCGCGGCGGCGGCGCUCGGGUGCGCGGUGAUCGCCGUCGACGAGAGGGGGCGGAGGGAGGUGGCGGAGCCGACGCUGUUCUACAUGCCGCACUGCGAGGCGGCGCUCUACGACGGCCUUCUCGAGGCCAAUUGGAGCCCGUCGGCGCUGAAUCGGAUGGUGGUGCUCGGAAACAGCUUCGCAGAGUACGAGCGGUAUGUGGACGAGACCGCAUGGUCUCGCGGGUCCGCGGCGGUGGAGGCCGCAGCGAGGCACGUGAUAAUGGCGAGGAAGUAUGUAGAGGAAGUGCCCAUGGAAGAGAAAGGAGAAGGUGGGGAUAAAGAAGGGAGAAUGGAGGAUGACGAAGAUGGAAUUUUUAGGGCAUUUCAUGACACAAGCUGGCAUUUUUUCGACUUGGAUGAGGGCACCCAAAUGGAUGCCCUAAUAGCUUAAAUGAUGGUAAGAUUACUCCAAUUGUAUUCAUCUAUUUGUUCAUCCGAACCUUAUAGAUGGAAUGGUGAUCUUAUAGUUGAUUGGUAUCUGAAUUCUGUGUGUUCAUUAUCUAUUUGAGUUCAUGAAUCAGGUUGUUGAAUUUGGUUUAUUUUAUGCAAUUCCUAUCCUUAGCAUA